AUGGCAGCCCUGACCGCGAAACCUACGAUCGUCUUCGUCCCUGGCGCGUGGCACGGCCCCGAGGGCUUCAGAGAAGUUGCCGCCCACCUCCAGUCUGCGGGCUAUCAAACCGUGCUCAUCAGCCUCCCUUCCGUAGGCACCGAUCCGCCGCCAGACUCAUUUGGUCCCGACGUCGCCGUCAUUCGCAAGGCUGUCGAGGAUGCGCUCAAUCAGGAGACGGAUGUGAUCAUGGUCUUCCACUCGUACGGCGGCUUUCCCGGCAACGAAGCCAUGCGCGGCCUGACCAAGUCCGCCCGCAGCGCCGCCGACGAGAAGACCGGCGUCGUCAAGCUCGUCCACAUGUGCAGCUUCGUCGCGGCGGAGGGCAAGAACCUGAUGGACAUGCUGGGCGGAGAGCUGCCGCCGUGGAUACGGGCGGAAGGAGACGUUCUAUACCCGGACACUGCGGAAGAGAGGUUUUAUAACGACCUUCCCGCCAACGCUGCUCUAGGGUGGACGGAGAAGUUGAAGCCACAUGCGAAGGGAACCUUUCAUAGUAGGUUGACGUACGCGGCGUGGAAGGAUGUGGAGAACACAUAUAUCUUGUGUGAGAAAGAUAACGCGAUUCCGCUGGCAGCCCAGGAGAAGAUGGUGCACGAUGCGAAGCUGGAAGGCGCGGUGUUUGAGGUCGAGAGGUUGGAUGCCAGUCACAGUCCUUUCUUGAGUAUGCCAGAACGGACGGCGGAGUGUAUUCAGAGGGCGGCGGCGGGGAGGGGGAUAGUGGCCCAGGUAGUGGAGGCGGUCAAGCAGGCUGGUGAUGCGAUGCUAGGUUGA